AUGAAAAACAAUCUAUGUAACAAAAUAAAUAAUAAUGACACAGAUUUAUCAUAUAUUAUCAAAACUAUUUUACAAAAAGCAUUUAAUGAAGAGAAGUUACAAAAUAAAGAUAAUAUAAUCUUUGGUAUUACAGUAAUAUUGAUAUUCUUCAAUCCAACAUAUGAUCAAGCUGAAAUAGUAUCAUCAAAAGUACAGAAACGUAUGAACAAAUGGGAUUCUGAUCCAAUUGUACGAAAUCGGCUUGAGUAUAAGGAAUCAUCAGAAAAUGAUAUAAUGAACCAUGAUAGUAUAACUGAGGAUAAUAAUAAAGAGUUUGCAGAUUUUAAUAAUCAAUCAAAUAGUUUAGAAGAAGGUGAUAAUCAAGAUAAAAAGGACAAUUCAGAUGAUAGUAACGAUAUAGAAUAA